AUGUCGUCGCGGUCUCGAUUACGCUUGUCGCUGACGGUGGAUUCGUCCAACGCAGGCUCAGAAACGGAUGAGCAGCUCCUUCCGCAACGACCGUCAUUUCCCGGUGACAGAAAGGGCAGCUACCCCCAAGACACCGAGACGCAGCAACAACCGCACAACCUUCCCACCCUCUCCCACCGACUACGCCACGAUGCUUCCAUCCUCGCCCUCGCCCUCUCUGACAAUGCCGUCUUUGCCGGCACUCAGCGCGGCGAGAUCCUCGUCUACUCGCUCGACACAUACGACCGCAUCGCCCUGCUCGAAGCGCACAAGAGCAGCGUCCUCGACCUCUGCAUCUGCCCCGACGAAAACCUGCUCUUCUCCACCGCCGCCGACCGCAUCACAAACGUCUGGGACCUGGACACCUACCAACACGUCUACUCGCUAUACUCGCGCUACGAUACCGGCGAUGUCUUUUGCGUUGCUUACUCGUCUCUGCUGCGGACCGUCUACCUCGGCGCACAGAACACCAGUAUCCAGUGGUAUGACUUGAAAGAGAAGGAUCAUAGACCGAAGCCAAAGUUGAACGAUCAUCCGUCGUUAAGGGAAGAUCCCUUCUUUGACUCGCGGGGGCCUGGUGGUGUCAGGACUCCUAGACCGGCAGAUCAAGGUCUUCCUGCGAGGCAUGCUGCUGGAGGUGAUGUCUUGGAGAUUGAUCGGGACAAUAUCAAGCACUUUGCGCACUAUGGCUAUGUCUACUGUAUGAUGUUGGCAAAGGGUGUUGUGCCUGAUGCUCCCGGUGAUCAGGUCUUGAUUUCUGCUGGCGGAGACGGCGUCAUCAAUCUGUGGACCAUGGAUGCGAAUCGUGGAGGUGCUAUCGAUCUGCUCUACACGCUUGACGAUGGCAGGGAGGAAGGCCAGUCUAUCUUGUCCAUCGCCAUUGACGCUACCUUCCUUUACUCUGGUCGAACUGGUGGUGAGGUCAACGUCUGGGACUUGGAGACGAGACAGCUCGUUCGAAGCUUGAAGGCUCAUAGAGACGACGUCCUGUCAAUCUGUAUUGGCGGCGGCUAUAUGUUCUCGGCCGCCGUAACUGGUUAUGUCAGGAUUCUGACAUCGGCCUUCACAUAUCACAAGGGCAAACCUUUGUACGUGACUGGUGCCAAUGACAACACCGUCGCUGUUUGGGAUGUCAGCGAUUGCAUCAUGUCUCCCACUGCUGUCAAGAGGACCACAGACGAGCAAAUGCUUGACCAUCUCAAACGCUUCAUCGCCUACCGCACCGUCUCUUCUGAUCCCAAGUACAAGGGUGAUUGCCGUCGUGGCGCCUCAUACCUGCGACAAGUCUUCAAGAGCUUUGGUGCUGUCACUGAGAUGCUGCCAACCGAAGACGGCUCCAAUCCCGUCAUCUUCGCUCGCUUCAGAGGAAACCCAGCUACUGCAGCAACUAGGAANAAGAUUUUGUUCUACGGUCACUACGAUGUCGUGGCUGCCGACAACGAGCAAGGCAAGUGGGCUACUGAUCCUUUUGUCAUGGAGGGCUUGGACGGUUAUCUCUACGGAAGAGGCACUUCAGACAACAAGGGUCCGAUCAUGGCUGCCAUCUUCGCCUGCGCCGAACUCAUGUCUGAACGGGCCCUUGGCUCAGACGUCAUUUUCCUCAUCGAAGGUGAAGAAGAAAGUGGUUCGCGCGGAUUUGCAAAUGCCGUCAAACAGCACAANAAGAGCAUCGGAGAUGUCGACUGGAUCCUGCUUGCUAACAGUUAUUGGCUGGACGACUCGAUACCCUGCGUCACCUACGGUCUUCGCGGCGUUAUUCACGCUACUGUCCAAGUUGAAAGUGAUCACCCUGAUUUGCACAGUGGUGUUGACGGAAGUUCGCAGCUUGACGAGCCGUUGAAGGAUCUUGUCAUGUUGCUGUCUACCCUGACGGGCACUCAUGGCAAAGUCAAGAUUCCUAGCUUCUACGACCCUAUCCCAGAGUUGAGCAAGGAAGAAGAGAUCUUGUAUGAAGACAUCACACAAGCCUUGGUCGCCAGGAAUCCAGAUCUUGGUGAUCCACGCGACCUUGCGCUUUCCCUGAUGCGUCGCUGGCGAGAGGCUUCGUUGACAGUUCAUCGUUUCCAAACCUCUGGUCCCGCAAACGCAACCAUCAUCCCUAGACUCGCACAAGCAGCACUAUCACUUCGUCUGGUGCCAAACCAAGAAGCAGACACUGUCGGCGAAGCACUAACCAAAUACCUACAAUCAGAAUUCAACAAGCUCGGCUCACACAACCGCAUGACCGUCACCAUCGACCACCAAGCCGAACCCUGGCUCGGCGACUUUAACAACCAAAUCUUCCAAACCCUCGACAAAGCCAUCAUGGACGUCUGGGGCCCCAUCCCCGAAGUCCCUCAACAUCGCAGAAAGUCCUCGCUCGCUGUAAUCAAGGAAAACGCCCUCAAAGUCACCAUUCCCAAAAAGGAAGAAGUGCAAAACUCACACGCGUCCAAACCCUCACCCACCACAUCUUCCGUGCUCGCAAACGGCGGUCCCAAUACCUCUGCAUUAUCAGACAUCACCAAUGAUCCCAUAUCUCUACCUCUCCCACAGCUAUCUGCAAAGAAACCGCGUACCAAACCUCUGUAUAUUAGAGAAGGNGGUUCCAUUCCCGCAAUCAGGUUUUUGGAAAAGGAAUUUGGGGCGCCGGCUGCGCAUUUCCCCUGCGGCCAGGCCUCAGAUUCUGCACAUUUGGAUAACGAGAGAUUGAGAUUGACGAAUUUGUACAAGAGUAAGGAUAUCUUCAAGCGGGUGUUUGGGGAGUUGCCUAUGAAGUAG